UGUCGAAGUAUCAUAGUCUAUACCUUUCUUCCUUUGUUACAGUCAUGGCUCGUACUAAGCAGACCGCUCGCAAGUCCACCGGCGGCAAGGCCCCGCGCAAGCAGCUGGCCACCAAGGCUGCCCGCAAGAGCGCACCGGCCACCGGCGGCGUAAAGAAGCCUCACCGCUACCGACCCGGCACCGUGGCGCUGCGCGAGAUCCGGCGCUACCAGAAGUCCACCGAGCUACUGAUCCGCAAGCUGCCGUUCCAGCGCCUGGUGCGCGAGAUCGCUCAGGAUUUCAAGACCGACCUGCGCUUCCAGAGCUCGGCCGUCAUGGCGCUGCAGGAGGCCAGUGAGGCCUACCUGGUGGGUCUGUUUGAGGACACCAACCUGUGCGCCAUCCACGCCAAGCGAGUCACCAUUAUGCCCAAGGACAUCCAGCUGGCCCGCCGCAUCCGCGGAGAAAGAGCAUAAACGGUAGUGAGUGCCAAGUAGAACCCAAAGGCUCUUUUCAGAGCCACCCACAUCUUCUGUAAAAGCAGCUGUGAUUCAAAGUGGUUUCACCUUUUAUGGCACUGUUUGAUGGUCCUGUUGUGUUGUGCUUUAUAAAGUCAAGACUUUUUAAACGGGUAAAUUGCCGAGCAAAUGCUCAUGUUUUUUACAAAUCGGAUCCAUGUGUUUGCUCUUGACUUUGAUUUUACCUGGAUUAUUGUAUUUUUUUAAAAAAUCUUUUUGUGUACAAGUUUGUUGUACCACUUGUAUGUCUCACAACCUUAUUACCAGGGUGUAUUCAGUGUUCAGAGGUGUUGCUCUUACUGGAAAUCUGGAAAAAAAUAUUCCUCUUCUAGAAGUGAGAGCUUAAUGGAUCAGGUGCUGGUAAGUAGGUAAUUGGAAGUAGAAUAUUUACAUUAAAAUAUUUACAUUAUGCUGAGAUAUAUUGAAAUACAGUAAAAGUUUUGUACCAUAUUUUUCAACUAUAGAGGCUCUUUUACUACAGAUCUUGGUUUCAUGUUCCUUUUCCACGAGUGUCAUAUACCUAAUAGUCUGCAUCUGGUGUGUGAAAAAACAAUGGGAUGUUGCCCAGUUCUAACUUGAAGGGGCAAUUUGUUUGUAUAUGUUUUCUAGAUUUACAAAAUAUUUUUUUUUAAA